AUGAAUAAUUUAUUUAUUAUAAAUGAAAGUUUUACAAAUGGUUAUAAAAGUGAAGUAUUAGAUAUUAUUUGUAUAUUAGUUAUACUAUCAGGUAUAUUUGUUAUUAUAAGUAAAAAUCCUAUUAUAUCUUUAUUAUUUUUGAUAGGAUUAUUUGCAGGAAUAUCUUGUUAUUUAUUAAUAAUAGGUCUAAGUUUUUUAGGUUUAUCUUAUUUAGUUGUAUAUAUAGGAGCAGUAUCCAUUUUAUUUUUAUUUAUUUUAAUGCUAAUUAAUGUUAGAAUGAGUGAAUUACAAAGUAAUACAAAUAACAGUAUACCUUUAGCUAUAAGCAUAGCAAUAUUAUUUAAUUAUCCUAUCUUUCAAUUAUUACCUUAUGAUAUUGCUAUAUUAAGUAAUAAUAAUUAUUUAAAUAAUAUAUUAUAUAAUGUAUCCUUUAACAGAAUAAAUAUUACAUCAGAAAACAAUUUAAAUAUUAAUAAUAAUGAUAUAUUAUUUGUUACAAGUAAAAUAUGAGAUGGAAAUUUAGCAGAAGUUGGUCAUAUUGCAAGUAUAGGUAAUAUAAUGUAUACAAAUUAUAAUAUGUGAUUAAUUAUAACUAGUUUCAUACUAUUACUUGCGAUGGUAGGUGCUAUAGUAAUAACAAUAAAGCAAAAAAAUUAA